UCUCAUGCUUCAUAUCCCAGUUGAACAACUUAUUUCUCACACACACACACCUAGCUAAAAUUUGUGGCCUUCUUUUCUCUGUACAAAAUCAGAUUUUUUUGACAUAUUUCUGAAGUUCCGAAAUGGCAUUCGGGAAAAAUUUGCUGUCAAAAAUAGCUACCAACGACGGACAUGGCGAAAAUUCGCCUUAUUUUGAUGGCUGGAAGGCUUAUGAUAGUGAUCCUUUCCAUCUCACUGAAAAUCCUCAGGGAGUUAUUCAGAUGGGACUUGCUGAAAAUCAGCUCUGUUUUGAUUUGAUUCAAGAAUGGAUACUGCAGAAUCCGAAAGCCUCGAUUUGCAGUGCUGAAGGAGUAAAUGACUUCAAAGAUAUCGCGAUUUUUCAAGAUUAUCAUGGCUUGCCUGAAUUUCGAGAAGCAAUUGCAACAUUUAUGGCGAAAGUAAGAGGCGAUACAGUUACAUUUGAUCCCGAUCGGGUUGUUAUGAGCGGAGGAGCUACUGGUGCUCAUGAAACUAUGGCCUUCUGUCUGGCAAAUCCUGGUGAUGCUUUUCUGGUUCCAACUCCAUAUUAUCCAGGAUUUGACCGCGAUUUGAGGUGGCGAACUGGAGUAAAACUCCUUCCAGUUGUCUGUGAGAGCUCGAAUAAUUUCAUGAUCACCAGAGAAGCCCUGGAAGAAGCGUAUCAGAAAGCAGAGGAGUCGAAUAUCAACGUUAAAGGCUUGCUAAUCACAAAUCCUUCGAAUCCAUUAGGCACAAUUUUGGACCGUGACACGUUACAAGGCCUAGUGAAUUUUAUCAAUGAGAAAAACAUCCACCUGAUCUGCGAUGAAAUUUAUGCUGCCACGGUUUUUACCAGGCCAAUGUAUGUCAGCAUUGCUGAGAUACUCGAAGAGGACAAGAAAUGCAACCGCGAUUUGAUUCAUCUGGUGUACAGCUUGUCGAAAGACAUGGGCUUCCCCGGGUUCAGAAUUGGGAUCAUUUACUCCUACAAUGACAAAGUUGUGAAUUCUGCUAGAAAAAUGUCAAGUUUUGGAUUAGUCUCAACUCAGACUCAACAAUUAAUCGCAAACAUGUUGUCAGACGAUUCAUUCAUAAAUAAAUACAUAUCCGAAAGCAGGAAAAGACUAGCUGCACGACAUGGCGUUUUCACCAGAGGCCUAAUGCAGGUCCGGGUAGGAAACCUACAGAGCAAUGCAGGCCUUUUCUUCUGGAUGGAUUUACGACGUUUACUCAAAGAGUCCACAGUCGAAGCUGAAAUGGACUUAUGGCGCGUAAUUAUCAAUGAAGUUAAGCUCAAUGUGUCCCCUGGAUCCUCCUUUCAUUGCUCAGAGCCAGGGUGGUUCAGAGUCUGCUAUGCAAAUAUGGAUGAUGAGACGAUGAGGAUCGCGCUGAGACGGAUCAAGAAAUUUGUGCUUCAGGCUGAUGAACGUGAAGCGGCAGCUAAGAAGCACAUGUGGCAUAAGAAUCUGCAGCUCAGCUUGUCAUUCAGAAGGUGGGAUGAGAGUAUUAUGAAGACACCAAGAAUAGUGACUCCACAUUUGAUGUCUCCUCAUAUGAUAAUGUCUCCUCAUUCUCCUCUUGCAUCGCCUCUGGUUCGAGCUCGAAAUUGAGUUCAGUCUUAUAUCGACAUAGCUUAACAGGAAGACUAUUUUAUUUUUUAUGUUUUUAACAAAAUUCGAACCUUCAACCUCGGUAACCGGAAUAACAGUCACGAACUAGGGGCUUGAUUUACUUCAGCUUUUGUAAUUAGCUAGGAAAGUUGAGGCAUUUGUUACCUAACUUAACUACCUGUUUCAUUAAUUUUUUGUAUUUACUGUUCUUUUAUCUUGUUCA